AUGUCGUACAUCGUAGACUGUUACAUUGGAGGGAACUUACACUUUAGAAUGUCAGAGUUGCCAUCCUUACCAGUGAUAUCUGAAUUAAAUUCACAAGAGUACGACGCGUUUAAAUCUUCAAUAAAUGUUUUGUUUGAACCUGCUCCUCCACUCGCAAACAUUCUUUACUCUCUACGACCUUUCGACUCGCAUGAAUUGUUAAUCUCAACUGCCACUAAAAUUCUCCUUGAUGAAAAUGGUCCUCUAACAGAAGAACAAAAGCUUGAAGUUAUUAAUGCACAUCCGCGUUUAGGUGAAAAUAAAAAUAAUUUGUCGGCGAUGAGUUUACAAGAACAAGGAUAUGCCGGAGUCGACAAGAAUGAUGAAUCCGAUUCAUCGACGAUCAAGCCCAACAGUGACGCGGAUGUAAAUAAAAAAUUACAAGAGUUAAACGCGGUGUACGAAGAAAAAUUUGGAUUCAAAUUUGUCAUAUUCGUCAACGGUAGGACGAGGAGAGAGAUCGUACCCAUCCUAGAGGAAAAAAUUGCAAAUGAAUUGUCUAUUCGACAUGAACUUAUUCCCAAACUUGUACCUCCACAUGCCGAAGCCGAACUCCUUUCACGAGGAAUUGAUAUCAAUAAUUUCAAACCAUUGUCGAGAAGUCAAAUGCGUGCAACUUUGGAUUAA